GGAUAGACAGCAAGACCUUGCCCCUCCCCCUGCCCCCACCAACAUAUAGAGAAAAGGCAGAAGGGGAGGCAGAAAUCAUUGAAUAUUAGAUGGUGACAGAAUGUCAACAAUACUGUUGAAAAGAAUAAUGCUAUUAGCUUUUUGAAAAGAAGUGAGAAAAACUGGCCCCAAUCCUGCCUCCCACAUCUCCCUUCUAAGACUAUCUGGUUCUCUGCCAAAUUCUGGGUAAUAAAAAGAGGUCAGGAGCUCUGCAAAGAGGAAAAUCUGCAGCUGCUGAAGAGAGAAAUCCAGACAAGAUCGCCAAGAAACCUGAAAAAUGAAACCUAAAAUGACAUAUUCAACCUCCAGAAUUUCCCCGGCCAAGCUGAGCAGCACAACAGGCAAAGCUGUGGUAAAACCUUGCAAGUUAAGAAGAUCCCAACAGAAGGCCAAAGAAAUUUGCCAUGUCUACUACAUGAGGCUCCGUUCUGGCCUCACCAUAAGAAAGGAGACCUGUUACUUUGAGAAGGAACCCACCGAAAGUUAUUCACAAAAAUCAGGUAGAAAGCAUGAAAGGAACUUCCUUGCCUAUUCCCAGGAUGCUGUGAAGCGCUCCCUGAUUGAUAAAUGCAGUUUCCAAGAAUGUGUCCAAUCUCCUGACAAAGAGAGUAUCCGAGUGGCUUGUGCCUCCCUGAGCACAUAUAACGACCAAUCUGUUAGCUUCAAAGUUUUGGAGAACGGACGCUAUGUGAUCAACGUUGAAGACUCUGGAAAAGACCAAGAAAAAGACAAGAUGCUGCUGCGCUACUAUGAGUCUCCCCGUUCCUCGAAUGAAUCAGGUGAUGGAGUGGAUGGUAAGUUACUGAUGGUGAACAUGAGUCCUCUCAAAGACACAGACAUCAGGCUGCAUGCCAAUGACAAGAACCACUCUGUGAAGCUGGAAAAGUGCCAAUCCCCCCUGCCAGAAGAGGUCUUCUUCGUCCUUCACAAAAAGUCCUCCGACUACGUUUCAUUCGAAUGUAAGAAUCAGCGUGGCACAUACAUAGGCGUGAAAGAUAACCAGCUUGCUCUAAUACAAGAAAAUAACAACGACAGUGAAAAUAUUAUGUUUAAGAUUUCUAAAGUUUAGUGGAAUAAGAAGCUUGUGGGUUCUGGCUUGAACAACUUAAAUGUUACCACUAAAGAAAGGGCGAGAGAAAGGAAGAGACAUCUAAGGGGAUGGUUAAGAUGCUGUGGAAUGUUUAUCUUAUUAUAUAUAAAAUUCUUUUCUUUUUCUCUGUACAAAUACAAAUGCAAUAAAAACAUGAAUAUAUGGCAUAGGGCAUUGGUAAAGAAAUCGAAAGACAAUCAGUCUUGGCAUUUGCUUUCGUCUGCUUUGAGUUCUGAACGAAUUCACUCUUUCAGAUCUCUCCAGGUGAACAAGCACCAUAAAUCAUGCUAUGCUUUAGACAAGGGUCCAUUUCAAAAUCCUAAAAAAUACAAAAUGUUUCCCCGGUUCUAAACAAAGGUUGAAAUACUAGAGCAACUAGCGGAGGACCAGUUCCUGCCCAAGAUGACUGUUUCUCACUAAGAACAAAGCACCAAAUGAAUUGGUAAAUACCCCAGGCAGCCCUCAGACCAACUCUUUCUGUUAAGAAGUCUAGCACUCCAAAUACCUACACAUCUAGACAGGUAUGAUACAUGUGUGGAAAGGCAGGAUAACUGAAAAAUUAGAGAAAAAGAAAGCCAGUAUUUGUGAAGUGGGAUAAUGUUACCUGUGCUUGUUUCUUUGGGGCAGGGGGUUGGAGACAGGGUUUUUCUGUGUAACAGUCCUGGCUGUCCUGGAACUCACUUUGUAGUCCUGGCUGGCCUCGAACUCACAGAAUUCACCUGCCUCUACCUCCCAAGUGCUGGGAUUAAAGGUGUGCACCACCAUUGCCCAGCUACUUGUUUCCUUUUUAGAAUUCUGAUGUUUUUUUUUAAGAGAUAUCAGUUUAAGUUUCAGGAUGCCAAGCUUAUGUUAGGAAAUGGAACACAUUUUCACUCAUAACUGUGAUUGGGGUAUCCAAGUAGAAUGGGAUCCCACUGUGCAGUCCUCUUACUAGAAAGGCACUGAAUUAACUUCAGAUUUUCAAUCGCUGGCUAUGUCCUAGGUUUGUGCCAUGCUGUGUCCUCACCACUUUCCAAGAGCUGUCACUUUGAAUGCGUGCAUCAACUUGGAUGCAAUUUCUCUACGACUUGCUCUCCUUACACAAGAAUUCUUUUGUUGUUUGGGUUCACAGUGGCACUGCUCACUGUGAAAUAUAUUAGCUUAACUUUUGCUCUUUCUCUGGUUCUUUUGACCAACACUUCCUUAGCGUACCUCCUCCUCCCUGAGCUUCACUUUUUUUUCUCUGACAUCUAUAUCCCAGCACUUUCAUCCUGCUUUGCUUACUUUGCAUUGUGGAAUUUUAUGUAUACCUACUGGCUUCAAGUUUGUUCGCUAAACUUUUUUUGUGUUUUACUGUUACUAAAGUAGUAAAAUUUAUAUUAACCAUAUGGUAAUAUUUUUAAACUACUUAAGGAAUAGCUUUGCUUACUUUGACAACAGAAAUUUAUACUAUAUUUAUAUUGGCUUAAAAUGUACAGUAAAUGUGAAAGAUGACAACAGAAAACUGAUGGAAUAUAAUAUGACCAUUUCUGAAAGUGUAAGCUUUUAGUUUUCAGUUGAUAAAAGCUAUUGUAUAUAAUAGCUGAUGGGAUGCAUGGUAAAAGAGGCUGGGAAUUGCUGUAUAAGAUCAUACAUAGUAUGAUGUAACUUUUUUUUAUUAAUUUUCACUGUUUUACUAUAGAGACAAAAAUAAAAACACUAUCUAUGUCAUCUCCUAGAAACCACAAUGUUGACUACAUGAAUUUGUACAAUAUACUUAAAAUAAUGAUUAAGUAGCCAAAUAUAUCCGUGACAUUGUUUAUAACAUUGAAUAAACUAUUUGGAAAAAUCA